CCGAAAACGAUGUGGAGGAAAAUAUUGGCCCCAGCAGCAGACUGCUUGGCAUUACAGACGGCUGGCUCUUGCAGAACUGCAGUAAGCUCCUUCCAGAAGCUACCGUCCACUUUGCUGCCAACACAGGAUUGAAUCCGCUUGGCUAAAAAUCUGUGACAGUCUGGAUGUGAACCUUGUUCUUCCACUUUGCCUGCCAGUUGGAAACCUUGUUUUGGAUCUCCUGUAUCCAGAGCAACCAAAGGCUACAGUUACCCCAUUCUGAAACCCCUUUUUCGACACUAGGAGACAUAUAUUAAAGGGCUUGAAUUUCAGUUUGCUGCAAAGUCUUUCCUCGGAUUGUUCUGUAUGACAACGAUGGCAAAGAAAAACAGUCAAAAGGAUACAUCUGGUGUGGUGUUUGAUACUCGCUCCAAAAUGGUCAUGUCCCAGGGAGGAACAGCCGAGAGGAUGAAGGAAAAGAUCAGUGCCGUCAGAGCUGUUGUUCCCAACAAAAGCAACAACGAGAUUGUGCUGGUGCUGCAGCACUUUGAGAACUGUGUCGAUAAGGCUGUGCAGGCUUUCUUGGAAGGCAGCGCAGCCGAGAUCCUAAAAGAGUGGAAUGUGACCGGCAAAAAGAAGCCCAAGAAGAAAAAGAAGCCCAAGCCUCAGCCUGAGGCGUCUGCGGAGGCGGUUCAACCUGAGGCUGUGUCGCCAGAGGAGAGCAAGGAUGAGAUUAACGGCUUUCAUGCCAAUGGAUCGGUUAUGGACGGAGAGUCUUUAGAUUCACUGAGCGAGCAGCUGGACUCUGCUUCCCUGGAUGCAGCUGAGCUGGACUCUGAACCCGCUACAUCCGAAACACCUGGUGCAGAGGCAGAAAGUAGUGUUAGCGCUCCAAGUCCUGCUUCCCAACAGGGAGGGAGAAACAAUCACCAGGUUUCCAGAGGCAACAAGUCUCGGCACAGGACGAGCUCGAAUCUACAUCCCUCCUCAUCUUCACUAGCAGCCACCUCUGAUGAGCAGGGAUCAUCAGGAGGGAAGAAGCUUGCUCCAAACAUUGACCGCUCUGUGAAAGACCUGCAGAGAUGUACGGUCUCUCUGACCCGCUACAGGAUGGUGGUGAAGGAGGAGAUGGACUCUUCCAUCAAGAGGAUGAAACAGACUUUUGCUGAACUCCAGAGCUGCUUAAUGGACAGAGAAGUGACUCUCCUAUCGGAGAUGGACAAAGUGAAAGCUGAGGCCAUAAUGAUUCUGGAUGCUCGACAGAAGAGAGCGGAGGAGCUCAGACGACUAACAGACCAGUCUGCUUCAAUGUCUGAGGAGCAGCUGACUGAACUGCGUGCAGACAUCAAGCACUUUGUGAGCGAACGUAAAUACGACGAGGACCUUGGGAAAGCUUUAAGAUUUACAUUUGAUCUUGAACCACUGAAGACGAGCAUCUCUGCGUUUGGAUCAGUGUACCAUCCACGUACGGGCUACUCAGACCGGUCCCGCUGUAGCUCCACAUCCUCCUCCGUUACCAGUCCAGUCCAGAUUGAGACGCCUCCUCCCAUCCAGACCACACCUGCCCCCACUGAAAACCGACCUCCUCCAGUCAAACAGAUUUUCCAAGGAAACAGACGCACCUUCCAAGGACCGGGCUAUCACUCAGGCGCUCAGCGGUUUAACGGCAGCUCCCACCAUGACAGGACGGCCGGCCGCGGCAGCCACCGUCACCAGGGUGACGGCGGCUCCUCGCAGCAGCCCAACAGCUCCAGAGGCCCCUCCCACCCCGCCGCAUCCUCCUCUCACAACCAAGACCGCCCCGCCCACAACGGGCUGCCCCAGAGGCUUCCUCGAACACACUGCCCUUGACAUUGGAAAUCUUGUCAGCUCAGUCGAACCCGCCCACUGCCCCGCCCCCCUCCCCACAUCCCAUCUCCUUUCAAUGAAGAAUAGAAUACAAGUUUACAUAUUUCAGUGAGUUGAGCUGUAGUGCCACCUCUCUGCAUCAAUCUGUUCAUUCUUUGAACUAGAAAAGCUCCAACUGUCUCUUCCUCUUUUUGUUAUUGUGACACUUUCUAUCUUUAGCCUCGCUGUCAGAGAUCUCGCUGCUCUGCCGCUGUGUCUGUCAUCAGUUAUUACCAUGAAGCAUAGCUUCAGAGACUCACUUGAUUACCUGCAACAAUCUGUGCACUAUUGAAGGUGAACUUGUAGUUCUUUCCUUUCUGUAUUGCUGUGGCGCCAUCAGCUCUCUAAUUCAAAAGCUCAGAUUUUUUUUGUUUCCAAGAACCAUUUCAAUGCCUUCACUGUUGGAAAA